AUGACGGAGAAUUGUACGAAACGACACUCUCGUCAAGUGAUUGCGACGACACAAUGUCGACGACAAAGAAGUAGACCCCUCCUAUUGCUGCUAGGAUUUCUGCUGGUCGUCACUGCCCUGCUACUUCAAGCUUCAGCGGCAAAGGCGCCCAGUGAAACGAAGAAACCAUGGCAACGACAGUCCGUCCCAAUCGACCAAGAAUUCGAAGACUCUCCGGCUCAACAUCGCCUCGAAGGUCUGCUGGCGCUUCUGUCGGCUCGACCCAUGUUGUUGUUUUCGGCCGUGGUACGGAUUGGGAUUGCCUUGGGGUUGGAAUUGGCCAUGGAUGCCGUAUUGAAGACGGUGGUGACUCCCUUACUGGUGGCAUCUGGGAUUGGUGCCCUGUUAGCACCCGCCACCUUCUUGUUGGAAUAUGCCUUUCAACCUCUGAUUCAUUCCAUUGCCUUUCUGGUGUUUGACGAUAACUUUGUCAUGGCCACUCUCGAAACAACGGGCAUUCAAGACCGACUGGUGCGCAAGGACCACAAGAACAAUCCUGGAGUUCUGGAGUGGCACAAAAUGUCCUUUUUCGAAGGUUUUUGCACUCGUUACGUGGUCAAAUCCCUCACUGCAUGGUGCUUGGGCUGGGCUGGAUUGUGUACCAUUGUCCCCGUGGUGGGACAUCUCUUGACCGCCGUCCUUACGGGAUGGUUGGUCGCUUGGGAUUAUGUCUAUGUGCCAUUGUCGGGCUUGGGAUAUAUUGGACCUUUGCAACAAUUCCAAACCGUCUGGCAACACUUUUCCUACUUUCAAUGGUAUGGAUUUUGGGCUGUUCUCAUCGAGGAAAUCCCCGUGUUGGGACCGGCGUGUCAUGUAUACAAUGUAUACAGUGCUGCUUACUUUCUAGAAGGAUUAUAUUCUUGGAGGGGGGUCAUGGACGAGGACGCUGCGACUGUGGCUACUGAUUUUUCUCAAGAGCUUUGACUCCAACGGUGUGUUUGGGGUCAUCUAAAAGCUAAUGGUUCGCUGUUAGUGGGAAACCCGCCAAGGCCUUGGAUCUUUCUUGAAGAAGGUUGAUUGGACAGCAAUACACAACCUCCCACUCCAAAUCAAGAAUGAUACAAAAAGAGGAAAUCAAGGGAAAAUGACCCUGGGUGUCUACACAGCCUAUUUGCUAGCUAUAUGGCUUCAUCACCUUUCAAGGAGAGACAAGAGGGGG